AUGAGUUUGAGUGUGCCAUUCUCAAUCUCACUGCUAUUCUGGAUAUGCAUCUUCUCUUCUUCUUCUGCUGUUACAUUGAGUGGUGGAUGCAAUAAACCUGCGAUUCUAUUCGUGUUCGGCGAUUCCAACUCGGACACGGGUGGACUCGUUUCUGGACUCGGUUUCCCCGUCAAUCUUCCCAAUGGUCGCACUUUCUUUCACAGAUCCACUGGUCGUUUGUCCGAUGGACGACUAAUCAUCGAUUUUCUCUGCCAAAGUUUGAAUACAAGAUUUUUGACACCAUACUUGGACUCCUUGUCUGGAUCAACAUUCACAAAUGGAGCGAACUUUGCUGUAGUGGGAUCCUCUACCCUCCCUAAAUAUGUUCCUUUCGCUUUAAAUAUACAGGUCAUGCAGUUCCAGCAUUUCAAAUCUCGUAGCCUUCAACUCGCUACCUCUGGUACAAAAAAUAGGAUCACCGAAGAAGGCUUCCGCGAUGCACUUUACUUGAUUGAUAUUGGGCAAAAUGACCUUGCUGAUUCAUUUACCAAAAAUUUAUCAUAUGUGCAAGUCAUCAAGAAGAUCCCAACAAUUAUCACUGAAAUUGAGAAGGCUGUUAAGAGUUUGUAUAAUGAAGGUGGCAGGAAAUUUUGGCUUCACAAUACCGGACCCUUUGGCUGUCUUCCUAAAUUUAUUGCAAUGUCUGACAAAAAAGACCUUGAUUCAUUGGGAUGUAUUUCUAGUUAUAAUUCUGCUGCAAGAUUGUUUAACGAAGCACUGUAUCAUUCGAGUCAGAAACUAAGAACGGAAUUGAAGGAUGCUACCCUAGUCUAUGUUGAUAUUUAUGCCAUUAAGAAUGAUCUCAUCGCAAAUGCCACCAAAUAUGGUUUCUCGAAUCCGUUGCUGGUAUGCUGCGGCUAUGGAGGACCACCUUAUAAUUUCGACGUAAGAGUAACAUGUGGUCAACCUGGUUAUCAGGUUUGCGAUGAAGGAUCUCGUCUUGUGAGUUGGGAUGGAAUCCAUUACACCGAGGCUGCAAAUACAUGGAUAGCUUCUAAAAUACUUUCGACAGCUUAUUCCACGCCACGGUUACCUUUUGGUUUCUUCUGCAGGCACUGA